CCUCCCUUGAGCAGACAAGGACCCUCUGGCUCAGAAGAAGGUCUCCAGUUUGACCAUAAACUUUGGGCCUCAGCACCCGGCUGCCCAUGGGGUCCUGCGGCUAGUCAUGGAGCUGAGUGGGGAGACAGUGAAGAAGUGUGACCCCCACAUUGGCCUCUUGCAUCGGGGCACUGAGAAGCUUAUUGAGUACAAGACAUACCUCCAGGCGCUGCCCUACUUUGACCGUCUCGACUACGUCUCCAUGAUGUGCAAUGAGCAGGCCUAUUCCCUGGCCGUGGAGAAGCUGCUCAACAUCCGCCCCCCUCUGCGGGCUCAGUGGAUCCGAGUCCUCUUCGCAGAGAUAACGCGGCUGCUCAACCACAUCAUGGCUGUGACCACGCACGCGCUGGACAUCGGAGCCAUGACCCCUUUCUUCUGGAUGUUUGAGGAGAGAGAGAAGAUGUUUGAGUUCUACGAGCGGGUCUCGGGGGCGCGGAUGCACGCUGCCUACAUCCGCCCCGGUGGGGUGCACCAGGACCUGCCCCUGGGGCUGAUGGACGACAUCUAUGAGUUCGUGAAGAAUUUCUCCAUGCGGAUAGAUGAGGUGGAGGAGAUGCUCACAAACAACCGCAUCUGGAGGAACCGCACGGUCGACAUCGGGGUGAUAACAGCAGAGGAGGCUCUCAACUACGGGUUCAGUGGGGUGAUGCUACGGGGCUCGGGGAUCCACUGGGAUCUGCGCAAGACCCAGCCCUACGACGUCUACGACCAGGUGGAGUUCGAUGUCCCCAUCGGCUCCCGGGGCGACUGCUACGACAGGUACCUGUGCCGCGUGGAAGAGAUGCGACAGUCCCUCCGUAUCAUCCUUCAGUGCCUCAACAAGAUGCCUGAGGGGGAGAUCAAAGUAGACGAUGCAAAAAUCUCCCCUCCGAAGCGGGCAGAGAUGAAGACCUCCAUGGAGUCCCUGAUCCAUCACUUCAAACUCUACACAGAGGGCUACCAGGUGCCCCCCGGAGCCACCUACACGGCCAUCGAAGCCCCCAAGGUGCCACUUCUCAUGGCGUUUUGGGGAUAG